CUUGGAGUCUCUUUCUCUCUCCCUUCCCAUCUCCUGAUCUCCACCUCCCUCUCUUUCUCCUUCUCCGUAUCUCUCUCAGGCUGUCUUUUCCAUUUUUUUCCUGAGUGUUGAUCGUUUUAGUUUUACUUCUUGUUCCUGUUCAGAUUUUGUUAUCGUUCGAAUCCUCUUCAGAACGGGCUUCUUUUCACUGUCAUUCCCUUCGCCCUAAUUUUCCUUUCGUCUCUCGGUUUGGGACACCUCGGAUUGUGAAUCAGUGGCGUUUCAUUGCUUCUGCUACUCUCUCUUCUCUGGGGCAUCUCGGAUUGUGCUUGUUAGCUUACUUAACGAGUUGUGUACUUUGUAGCAGCAGUUGGAUGAAAAGAUGAUGUUAUAGGCUGAAAAUUGGCUUUUUUUCCUCCCAGAAGCAGCACAAGUGCCUUGAGAAACUGAUACUGCACUUCCUUUUCUAUGUGCCAUCCGCCUGUACUGCUGCGUUGGCAUUUCCAUGGACUUGGCCUCUUCUGAAGUAGAUUGUGAAGACCAGAACGACGAGCACCCUUUAUUAAUGGAUAGACCAUCGAGCCCAUUAGUAGACGAGCAUGUCAUAAGCAUGACACAGGGAACUACAGCUACAUCAAAUUCACUUGACGCUUCAACCAGUUCAGGAACAUCACAGGAAAGGACGGCAAGAGACAGUAUGCAUGCCCGAAACCCUCCAUCAUCUGCCUUGCCUUCUGCAAGAAACAGUCUAAGAAGAGGCAAUAAUUAUGGUCGACGACGUAGGAGUCCUCUCAAUUCAGGGUUGUGGAUUUCAAUUGAACUUGCGAUUGCAAUGAGCCAGAUAAUUGCAUCCGUAAUUGUUUUAUCGUUAUCAGGACAUGAGAAGCCUAAGGCUCCGCUGUUUGUCUGGGUCGUGGGUUAUGCCUCUGGUUGUCUCGCCACUCUGCCACUUCUUUAUUGGCGUUAUAUCUCACGCAACCGUACGUCAGAACAGGAACAGGCUCAGGCACAUGCUGGUUCUGAUGCAGGCAACCCUUAUUUAGAAUCAUCUUCUCAUGGAGCAACAUCAACUUCUCCGGUUCCUGAAGAAGAGGUUGGUCGUCAGAACAGUGCAAUCUCAUGGAAUGAUCAAAAUGCCUCGCAAAAUUCAAGGAUCAGGGUUCUUGUAGACUACCUUAAGAUGGCAUUGGAUUGCUUCUUUGCUGUUUGGUUUGUGGUUGGUAAUGUUUUAAUCUUUGGUGGGCAUUCCUCUUCUUCUGAAGCUCCAAACUUGUAUAGGCUAUGUAUAGUAUUUUUGACCUUCAGCUGCAUUGGAUAUGCCAUGCCAUUUAUUCUUUGUGCAACCAUCUGUUGCUGUUUGCCAUGUAUAAUAUCUAUUCUUGGUUUCCGGGAGGACCAAUCUCAUGCCCGAGGAGCAAGUCCAGAAGAUAUCAGCGCUCUUCCAAAGUACAAAUUCAAGGCCGGACAUGGCCAUGGAGGAAACAAAGAUGAGAAUGAGAUCCACAGUGACAGUUCGGUUGAUGGUGGUGUUAUAGGAGUUGGUACGGAAUGGGAGAGAUUGAUUUCUGCAGAGGAUGCUGUCUGCUGUAUUUGCUUGGCAAAAUAUGUCGACAAUGAUGAACUCAGAGAGCUACCGUGCACACAUUUGUUCCAUUCAGAAUGUGUCGACAAGUGGCUAAAGAUCAAUGCAUUGUGUCCACUCUGCAAGCAUGAGGUUGGUGAGAAUUUGAGGGCCACAUCUGAAUCAAGUUCUGGGGUGCAUCAUGGAGAACGCAGAGUGGGUUCUGAGGUUGCUGGAGCAGGAUUCACAAUGGUUUAAGCGGCUUCAUUUUGAUUUUGAGUCACUAAAAGUAAAAAUGGCUGUGAACUAUGUCAACCAAACGAUGGGAUAACCUGACAGUUUGCAGAGAAAUGCAAAGACUCUGCAACUCAAUGGUUGCCCAGAGCUGCUUCAAAUGGUGAAGAUGAUUAAUCAGAGAAUGGCUCCUUACCGGAUGAAACAUGUACUUUAUAGGUGGGUAUCACUUGUAUCAUUAGAUCCAUCUCUAUGAAUAUGGUACCCAUGUUUGUGACCCGCGACCUUUCCUUGUGCUGCUGUGGAGCUUAUGACGACUUGUUUGGUGAUGACGCUAUGGGAAAACACCAGCAAGCAUGCCCUGGCUUUUGAAUGCAUCCUUAUCUGCAACGACAAGAAGCAGAAAGGGCUAUGUUUUGCCUUGUGAAAUUUUCUUGAUUACCAAGCUUUUGUUAGCUUCUUUAUGCGCGUCUGUGUGUGCGCAUAGAAGCUUGUAUUUAAUAGUAUGAUGAAGCUUAUGUUGGAAAAGUCUUUUACAUGGUGGCAGCGCGCCGUAUCUAUCAGCAUAAAGUUGAAGAUAAUUGCAGGCCGGAGCUACUAUAGAGAAAGUUUGGGGGCCAGAUUCUGCUGCUCUGUGACAAGCAAGCAGGCAAUUUUGCUCUCUUUCUUGUGAAGCUCGUGGUGGUAGCAAUGGCUUGACUUGAUCAUUAUUCUUGUGUUUUUAAUGUCUUGCCGUAGUUGUACAUGCCUUCGUUUCCUCAGCGAAUGAGUAGAAUUCAUCAUUUUCUUCGUGCUAUUAAUGUAUUGCCGAAUCAUCCAUGCCAUACAUAAACAUGACUCUGGGUGAUUUGUCUACCUGAUUCAUCAGAGUUCUUUAGUUUGACUAUUUUAUUUAGAUGUUAA